AUGGACAUACAAGCCAGGGAUAGUGGUCAUGUAGCCUUAAGUCAUUUCGAGACUUUCAAAUUGAACUUGCAUUAUGGAGGACUUAUGGAGAUAAUCGGUGGUAGAUUCAGUUACAAUGGAGGAGCUUCGAAGCAGGGCAUUGUUGUUGAUCCUGAUUUGAUGACCUGGUCGUGUUUUGAUGGCUACUGUGAGGAGUUUUCGAUAGAAGGUGGUUUAGUGGAGCGAGUUUGGUGGAAGCUCCAUCACGAGAGCAUGGAUACACUGAAGUGUAUUGUUGUCGUGGCAUCUGACGCAGAGCUUAUGGGAAUGUGUAGUCAGGCUAUGUCAACUUGUCGUGAAGUUGAUGUGUUCAUCGAGCAAGAGGAAAAGGGAAAAGAUGGUGAGGAGGCUGAUGUCAAUUUGGAACAGUCUGCUGCUGUUGAAACUGAGAGCGAGAAGGCUCUUUCUGCUGAGAGCGAGAAGGCUCCUUCUGCUGAGGAGAAUGAAAGCGAGAUUGGUGAGGAUGAAAGCGAGGAGGCUGAGGAGAAUCAAAGUCAAAGCGAGGAGGCUGAGGAGAAUCAAAGCGAGGCUGCUGCAGAUGAAAGCGAUAAGGAUGCUGGAAAUGAAAGCGAGAUUGAUAGCGAGAAAGAGGAAGCUUUGAGGGAAGCUAAGAGGAAAAAGGAUAAAAAAGGUAAAUCUAAGGUUUUGGAAGAUGAAGAAGACAUUGGUGCGCGAUAUGAUAUGGAGAUUGAGGAUGCUGUAGCUAGUUUUGUUGAUGAGGAAGUAGAUUUCAGAAGGACAAUUCUAGAGAGUUCAGAUAGUGAAGAAGAAGAUGAUUUGGCUUUGAGAAAGAGACGAAUGAGGAGAGAUGCUCAGGUUGAUAAGUUAGCUCUAGGAGCUACUUUUUGGUCAGGUUAUGAGUUCAAGGAAGCCGUUUUGGAUUAUGCUUUGGCGAAUGCAAAGAAUAUUGAGCAAAAUAGAUGGGACAAGACGAAGAUUGGAUACAAAUGUGGUGAAGGAGGAAAAUGCAAGUGGAAGCUUUAUUGCUCGUAUGAUGAGCCGCAUGGGAAGUGGGUUAUAAAGACAAAGUGUGGAUAUCACAGCUGCACGCCUAAAGGGAGAUGCAAGAUGCUUAAAGCUCCAGUCAUUGCAAAGCUUUUCUUGCACAAGUUGAGGCAAAAGCCUAACUUUUGGCCUAUCAAAAUGCAAAAGUACAUCAAAGAAACUUGGUCACUCGUAAGCACAACGAAUCAAUGCCAGAAUGGAAGGUUGCUAGCUCUGAAAUGGCUCGACAGAGAGGAGAGCUUUGGUCACAUGGACAGACAACAAGAGGAAGCAGGCAAAAGGAGCUCGAUCGACCUCACAAUUCGAUCGAACCGACGAGACGAGCAUCACAAGUUGAUCGACUGCACAAUGGACUCGCUCACACCACCCCUUAAUGCACCAACUCGAUCGAUCCCAUGCAGAGCAAGCCAGCUCGAUCGAUCCCUUUCCUGUCUCAGCCGUUCGAUCAAUCCCGGUCAGAUGAUAUCACAGCCGUUCGAUCUACUUGGUGCAAACCGGCUCGAUCGAACCGUAGCGAACCGGAUUGAACCGAAGUCGACCCCAGAGCUAUUUAGACCUAUUUUCAGCCAUUGUUGA